AUGAUACUAGUAAUUAAACGGGACUACAACAACGCUCACCAGUGGCUCACAUUUUUGGCUACCAGAGUCAGUUCCACGUUGGAAAAAUCCACGGGGAAGAAACACUUGACGGACGAUAACCCAGAAACGUGCUGGACAUCGCGACAGGGUCCUGCGCAGUAUGUCCAUCUAACAUUCGAAGAGCCAGUAAUACCCAAGCGUAUCAUCAUCAUUUUCCAGGGCGGAUUUGUCGGAGCCAGAUAUAGAGUCGAGGUCUCGGAGUCAUCAGAUAGGCCCGAAUGGCAGACGUGGACAUAUAUCCACCCCGAGGAUGCGAACCGGCGUCAAACUUUUGACUUGACCAUAGGAAUUCAGAGCAUGAAACUUGUUUUCGAGGAGAGUUCUGAUUUUUACGGUAGAAUCACAAUCUAUGAGUUGAAGAUUGAAGAUCUCCUGCUUUGAAGUGACGAGGAGCUGGCUCAACAGCUCACUAGAGCCAAGCCUGCCGUCUCGAAGCACCCCAGUAAAAAUUCAAGUUUUGUUGAAGGUGAACUCGG